CUCGGGGCCUUCUGCGCAUGUGCGCUGCGCUCCUCCCGGUGGUUCACGUCGCCGCCGCGGAAUCGCGAGAAGACGGUCCCGGAUGCGCUCGCGACUGAGGGCCUGGGGGCAGGCGGGGUGGACGUGGUGGGUGAGACCCGGGUGGCUCUGGUGGUUGUUGGUGACCCGUGGGACGGAGGCCCCGCGCGGGAGGGGCCGGUGACGGAGGAAACGGCUCGGUGCCUGAGCGCGGGGUGAGUCCUGCUCCGUCUGUAUGCAUCGAAUGAGAACCAGCGCGUCCCCGCGCUUGUUACCCAGCGAAGGUUCGUGUUGUCGUCUCCGAGGUGAAGGGUCGCCCGAGGCCUCGGUAAGACCGGCGGAAACUGGCCCGGGGGCGCUCGUGGGUGGUCGCUUCUCUCCUGGGGGGGGGGGUGGGGACCUCGUUCUUCUUCACUCGGGUCCGUCUUCGUCCUCCCAGCCACCGGUGGUCAGUGUCCCGUUCCCAUGGUAACCGCAUAAAGCCCUGUGGGAGGUGACGGAAGCCCAGGUGGCGAACCAGUAGAUGCGUUCUCUGCCUCAUCCUCUGUCUCGCAUCAAACCUGAGAGCGAGGCCGACGCAGUAGCUGCAGGAGCCCUGACCUCUCCUGGGGAGUAAUUUUCAAGUGAACGUGGCCUUGCUUUGGGGGAAUUCAUUGUUGUUUCUGGAGACCCCAAAUGAUGGCGUCCAGGUCCCGCCGGCACCCUGCAGCCUUGCCUGUGCCCUCGGUAGCAGCAGUUUGCGUUCCGUAGAAGGUCCAGCUUGCGAUUCAGGGUUACAGGAAGGGCCAACAGCUUUCGAUCUUGGGUAAGGAUUCUAACUGGCUAUGGUCAGUUUUCCUGGAACAGGGCAGCUCUUGUGAGGGAAGAAGGGGGCCCCCAAGAGCAGGAAUCCCUCCUAGGACAGUCGGUCAGUUGGCCCCAGACCGCAGCAGAAAUGCAGAGCGAAUGUGGAAGGAGCAAAGACCCUUGCCAGUACCGCCGUCGUGUCGAGAUCCUCGCAGACUGGGUGACGGUGUUCGUUCUGGGCCAGCUUUCAGGAGGGACGGAAGCUGUGGCUGGGAGAGGAGGGUGAAGCAAAAGGAACGGAGAAUACUUAACUGCUCGCGAGGGAGGUGUGGGGGCAUCAUGUGGAAGGAAGGGUUGCCAGCCGAGUGGAAGGAAACCACCUCUUUCAUCCCUUCCUUCUUUGCUCCACCCCCAGAUUCUGAGCCCUUCGCACAGGACAGCACAACUAGCCAUGGGCUGAAUGCUGCCUCUGUCCCGAUCUGAUAGAAUCCGAGAUGGUACUGCAGGAGAGGCCUUUAAGUCUCAGUGACCGCUCAUAGUCACACAUUUUGUGCUGGCAAAACCAAAAGCAGACAUUGAGUCUCCUGAUGGCCCUGGCAGGUGUUUUCUGCUUUGGCAACAGAUAAGUCAGAACCAGUUUGUGGUGGUUGUUUUUAAUCAAAAGAUAUGUUCAAGAACCUAAAACUGAGUUAAAGCAACCUCUUUUGUUUUUCCCCUUACGUAAAAGAUCAGCCCUUAAAACUCGCUCCCUUUUUUCAGAACCUAGUGGGACUCUCUGGUGUGUAAUGAAUAUUACGACUUGAGUAUUUUUUGCUCAGCAUCAGUUUUCAUGAAAUCCCUAUGUUCCAUUCCUUGGCUUGUCUUAAUUUGCUUAAUUAGUGUACUGUGUUGUUUACCUUUUUCUGGGUUAGAGUGUACGUUGUUAGUAACUCAGUAAAAAAAUUUAUUUUUUAUUUUUUUUUUUUGAAAAAAAAUUUUUUUGAGAGAAAGCGUGCGGGCACAACAAGGGAAGGGGCAGAGAGGAAGAGAGAGAGAAUCCCAAGCAGGCUCUGCACUGUCAACGCAGAGCCUGAAGCGGAGCUCGAACUCACGGACUGUGAGAUCCAUGACCUGAGCCAAAAAUCAAGAGCUGGAUGCUUAACCGACUGAGCCACCCAGGUGCCCCAACAAAAUUUAAGUAUUUUAUCUUUAGUACGUCUCUACCCAACAUGGGGCUCAAAUCUACAACCCGAGAUCAAGAGUCGCUGGCCCCACCUACUGAGCCUCCAGGCACCCCGAAAACAAAUGUUUUUACAUUUAAAACCGAGUGAGUCUCAGCCCUCCGGAAUUGUUCCUGGGCUGCUCCCUCCCUUCCUCUCAUCCUUUCUGUCCCUUCUCAAAGCAUCUCCCCUUCAGAGCUGCUUUGCCAGCAGCUACGUGGAAUUUUGUAGGCCGGUGGCAUCUCUCACGAUCCGUCUUUCCUUCUCAGCUGUGCCCUCCUGGCUGUCCCCACUCUUCCAGGGCCAGCAGAAGAUGAUCACAUCCCAGGGAUUAUUGUCAUUCGGGGAUGUGACUGUGGGCUUCACUGAGGAGGAGUGGCAGCGCCUGGACCCUGCUCAGAGGACCCUGUACAGGGACGUGAUGCUGGAGAACUACAGCCACCUUGUUGCAGUGGGGUUAUCCAUUCCUAAACCAGAAGUGAUCCUCAAGUUGGAGCAAGGAGAGGAGCCAUGGAUAUUAGAGUCCCCAGGCCAGAGUGACCCAGGUGAGUCCAUCAGUGUGAGUCAGUUGGAGUUUAGGAGGAAAUUAGAUGAUAAAGCGUUAGUUCAGAGCUUAAGACCAUUGAAAUGGUCUUUGAAGUGGUCUUCAGGAAUCACUGUUUAGAGUCUCCGAUGAGCCUUUGGAAGUGGCAUGUUGACUUGACUCAAAUGUUCAGUGUCCCUGAAUCACCCAGA